UGACAGCGCAUCUGAGAAAAAAUACACGCAACUUGAGUUUGUGAAAAAGUUUUCACAUUUCUCUGCAGCACUUACGCAUUUUCCGCUCUGAAAUUGUACAUUAAUCACUUCAGAGGUGUUUAGUGAACGUGGUAGAGUAGAAAACCUGCCGAAAAGUCAUCAGGGAAAAGCCAAGAGACUGCGUUUACUUGGGGAAAAUGCGCCGCAAAACUAAAGCGAACACUUCGAGCGAGAGCCCGGAGAAGCCGCAGGCCACACGGCGCUCCACGCGACGUGGCCGAGCGUCUCCCGUGGAGCAAGCAAUUGUGAAUGAGUAUUACAAAUCCGAGGAGGAGACGAGCUCUGACAGUGAGGAGGAGUACUCACCGAAGAAGACUCGGCGCACUGGCGGGAGACGUGGAGCGCGCUCCAAGGCGUCUUCGGGAUCAGAACGUGAUGUGAAGACACCAAAAUCUCGGGCAAGGAAGCGCGGAGCACCGAAGAAAAUUGAGCAGCCGGUUCUGGUGGAAGAAGAAGAGGAGGAGCCUCAGCGUGAACCGGAGGCGCCGCAGCCCGAGGUCGAGGAACCAAAGGUGACUGAGAUUACUCUGCCCGACGAGACAAAUGAUGAUGAUGAUGAUGAUGCGGAACAGGAAAAUGGGGGUGAAAAGGUAAGCAUAGAAAUUGUUGCAGCUGAUCCUGAGCCGCAUGUAACUGAGGAUAGUGAAAGUGGUUUUCCACAACGAACCUCCAGUCCCGAGCAAUGCGAGUUGUAUGAGGAUGAUGAUGUCCAUAUGAAGACACUGAGUCCCGAACAGCCAAGUGAGGCCGACCGGGAGGAGACUGGAGCCCAAAGUCUGCAGUCGAAUGUUCAGGAAGAAGAAAAGCGACCGAUUGAAGAGGAGCAGCGUCGCCUAAAGACGCCAUCGGUGGAGGAGCAAAAGGAGAGCGAGGAUGAGGAUGAUGAGAAGAGGUCAAGCUCACCCGAGGACGGUGAAUUGCCCCAUCAGAUGAUUGACGAUGGCAGCAAAGCGGAUGAUUCUGUGGAUGAGCACUCGAAAGAGUCGCCUGACCACAAUCAUUCCAAAUCUGAACACAACAGCGAGGAUGAGGAGCCGGUGAAGGUGACAAAGUCACCUGUGAAGGAGGCUAAAGCCCCGGAAGUGACAUUCGUGACGAAGCUGACGCGGAAUGACGGGAAGGCGAAUGUAGAUGAACAGGCGAAGCGGAAGCGUCGUUGGUUGUCACGGAAACCCUCCACUCAGAACAUCCUGGCCAUCUCUACAGACUCUCUGAAGCCAUUAAUUGCGGAUGGAAAGCCAGUUCCACUGGUGGAUGUGAAAUUGGAUUUGACGUCGGACACUGAAGGUGGAGCGGAUGAGGAGGAUAAUGAGAGUGAUGAGGAGAGACCGUUGUCGCCGAAGGAGAAGAAAGAGGCACCAAUUGUGGUUGAGAAGAUUUCUGACUCAGAGACAGUGAGAGCAUCGACUGAAGUCGCCCAUCCAAUUGGAUUAAAUCGCAAGAUUUUGCUUGUAACUGACGAUAUUGGCAAGACAGUGAAACCUCCGAGUCCGCCCAGGAACAUUUCUUCCUGCAUUUUAUUCAUUACAAAUCUCGUGAGACCCUUCACAGUGCUUCAGCUGAAGGGAUUGCUUGCCAGAACGGGGAGAAUUGUGGAAAAUGGCUUCUGGAUUGACAAGAUUAAGUCAAAAUGCUACGUACAGUACGAGACAGAAGAUCAAGCGGUGGAGACUCGCCACGCUCUUCAUGGCGUCCGGUGGCCAACAUCCAAUCCCAAAUGUCUUCACGUGGACUUUGGCGCUGAGAAGGAUAUGCAGAAGGCGAUUGAGUCCACAGCUGAGGAUUUGGCCAAGCAUGGCGACGCUGGUCGUGGCGAGAGGAUCAUCGUGGGAUGGGAGAGAGAUCGAAUUGAAGGCGGAACGCGGGAGCAGCCAACGAGACCCAUUCGCGAGUGGGAUGUGGGAAAGAGGGAUGAACGGGAGAAGGAGCGGGAACGCGAUCAUCGUGGAGUUCACGAGCGAAGCAGAGAACGCGAGGAGGUCAAGAGAGGCAACGAGGGAGGAUUUGGACGCGAGCGAAGGCGCUCAUUGUCAACUUCGCCGGCGCGGAAAUUCAAGAAGGAGAAUGAGCCACCAAUUCGACUACUGGAUGAUCUUUUCCGCAAGACAAAGACAACACCAAGUAUUUAUUGGCUACCACUGACUGCUGAGCAGAUCGCAGUGAAAGAGGAGGCUCGAAGGAGAAAUUUGCAAGAGCAUCAAAAACGCAUGGAUGAAAUGAGGAAAGAGCGUGAACGCGAGAGAAAUCGCGACAGAGAGCGUCAUGAUCGGAAUCGACGCGAUCGAUCAAGAAGCCGCGAUAGGCGUUAUCGCUGAAGAGAAAACCAAUUGAAAUGCAAGAACAAUUGAGGGAAGUGAGAAGAGGAAUUUCACAGAGAGAUUGAAUUUGAGCGUAAUGAAGGGAAAAUGGAAAAAUCGGGGAUAUAAGAUGAAAUGUCUUAUAUAUUACCUCUUUUUUCAUUUUCUCUUUUCCAAAUGAACAUACAUAUUUUUGCAUCUCAUCUCGUCCUAUAUUGCCUUUUUUAUCUACAUUGUUUUUUUUUCUUGAGGGAUUCCCAAUUAUGUUGAAGUGCAAAAUUGAAUUUAGCGAGAAAUGAUCGACGGAAAAGAUCAGGCACAUCACCGAUCAGUUUUAUGACACUAGAGCACUAGAAGAGAAGAGAGUACGUGUGGGUGUUUUUACAUUUGAUUGCCUGUAAUCGUCUCUAAAUACCCUCUGAGGAUAUUCCUGUGUUUCUUUUCCAGAUUACCCGUGAAUUUUCUCCCUCUCCUUCCGAUUUAUUGACAGUUUUUUGCAGGAAUUUCUGUGUGUGUGAACGAUUUUUAGUCAUUUGCUUAGUCUCAUUUUCAAAUGUCGCACAUACAAAUAUGAUUUUGAUUUCAUGAUGAUCAUUCUGCAAAUGAGGGGGAAGAAAUAGGACAUGUUCUGUUGGGGAAUUGGGUGGGCUAGAAUUUGUGGGAGGGUAGUUGAAUUGAUGAUUAUCUCUCCCAAGGACUUAUCUUCACAACAGAAGGAUCAGGAAGUGAAGUGACGGAGACAUCCAGCGCUGGAAUUAUGCGAUAGUUUGACACUGUAGUGUUCUUGUGGGAUUGUAGAUGACUUGAAGAGGACGAGAGCCCUAUUUUCUUUUGUCAGAGCUCUCGUGAGAGAUGAAAAACAUAUUGAAUAAAAGGAUUAAGAUGAUACAAAA